UCCGGCUGGGAUGGACCUCCGGUCCUGUGGAGCCCGGGAGCGGUUGGUGACCGUGUCUGGUUGCAGUGAGGGUAGCCGUCAAGGGGGCAAAGACUCCAGGUUGCCCUGACAUGCUGCUUCCUCGUGUUUGCUUCUUGGAUUAUCGUUCCUCUCUUCCUGGAAUAUGGGUCGGGGGAAGAUAUCCCUAAGGACUGAGAAGUGAGAUAGCCGGUCUGGGCUGGUGUCACUGGUCUGUAGCUUUGGGAAAUCUGGGGUUAGUACACUGUGGGACAGACAGUAGAGGUGGAAUGUUCAUUCCAGGAGGUGAGAGGGAGGCCCCAGGGGAAGAGAAAAAGACCAGAGGCUGUCUUAAACCAAGACGUGGAGGUGUUUCUUACAAAAGCUGUCCAGUGCCCAGGGCUGGGGCCUUGCACCUGCACCCUUAAGGCCUUAUUGGCAGAUGGGAGGGGCUGAUGGAGUUUACUCUCUGCUUGCCAGCUGUCAGAAGGCCAGGGCAUCACAGGCUCAGGCCUGAGGCUAAGGACUUGGUCAAAAGUGAUUCAGCCCUCUUCCUUAGGCAGUCCCAGCUUGGGAUCUCUCAGGUCCAGGAUGUGGCAGGUUCUUCACCCUCUGGCCCUCUUUCACUACACAAUCUCUCUCUUGGCUGCCAAGAGUUGGCCACCUGUUUUUAUGAGUCUUCUGUAGUAAGUUCUCACUCUCACUUUCUUCUUGUUUUGUUUUUAGAGACAAGGUUUCUCUGUGUAACAGUUCUGGCUCUCCUGGAACUCACUCUGUAGACCAGGCUGUCCUUGAACUCACAGAGAUCUGCCUGCCUCUGCCUCCCAAGUGCUGGCACUAAAGGCAUGAGCCACUAUGUCUGGUUUCUCUCUCUCUCUCUCUCUCUCUCUCUCUCUCUCUCUCUCUCUCUCUCUCCCUCUCUCUUUGACGUAGGAUCCCACUAUGUAGCUUUGGAUGUCUUGGAACUUGCUAUGUAGAGCAGCCUGGCCUUGAACCCACAGAUAUCUGCCUAACUUUGCCGUAAGAGUGCUAGGAUUAAAAGUGUAUGCCACCCCUAUGCCACCUCAGGACAGCCAGGACUGUUACACAGAGAAACCCUGUCUCCAAAACAAAAAAGGAUAUGCCACCGCAUCUGGCUCACCCUCACUUUCUCGAACUGUCUCUUUCCUGGGAUUCAGGCUUUUCCCAGAAUCUCAACUUCCUGAGAUAACUGGUCCUGGGCAGCAGCAACUCUGGUGCUGAGCCUGCUUCAUCCAUCCCCAGAGCACCCCUGUCCCAAUGCCUUGCCUUCUGUUCACUUUCCUACCUGGCACAAGGAGGUCCCCAGCGCUCUGUCUGCACCCUCUGACACACCUUCACCCCUCCUCCCAUUUCUUCUGACCUUCCCUUGGCUUCACAGCACCUACUAGAGUCAAGAUCUGCUCCUAUGGCCAGCCCUGGGCAGCCUGGGCCUGGGGAGGGCCAGGAGGAAGAGGAGACCAAGGGAGCCUCGGCAGGGCAUCAUCGUGCAGAGAUGCUGCAGCAGGCCCAGGAGCUCUUUCUACUGUGUGACAAGGAUGCUAAGGGCUUCAUCACUAGGCAGGACUUGCAGGGCCUACAGAGUGAUCUUCCCCUUACGCCUGAGCAGCUGGAGGCUGUAUUUGAAAGUCUGGAUCAAGCCCACACUGGCUUCCUCACAGCCCGGGAGUUCUGCCUAGGCCUGGGGAAGUUUGUGGGGGUGGAGUCGGCCCAAGGUGGGUCCUCCUUGAGGACUCCUGAGGAAACCUUUGAGUCAAGCACAGGGGGCUCUCUGGAGGAGGACGACGAUGUUGAGACAUUCUGCACUUCCUUAGAGAAGCUGGGAGUGGCCCGGGUCCUGGGCGAGCAAUGGGCUGUGAGGACACUCUGGGUCAGGCUACAGCGCGAGCGACCCGAGCUGUUGGGGUCUCUGGAGGAAGUUCUGGUGCGCGCGUCGGCCUGCCUGGAGGCGGCGGCCCGGGAGCGCGACGGUUUGGAGCAGGCGCUGCGGCGGCGGGAGAGUGAGCACGAGAGGGAGGUGCGCGGACUUUACGAAGAGCUGGAGCAGCAGCUGGGGGAGCAGCGGCGCCGCGUGCAGAGCCAGAAACUACCCCGGGAGGAACAGAGGGGCCACCUGGAGCUGGAGCUGCAGACCCGCGAGCAGGAGCUGGAGCGCGCCGGCCUGCGGCAGCGGGAACUGGAACAGCAGCUGCAGGCCCGGACUGAAGAACAGCUAGAGGUACAGGCCCAGCACACCCAGCUGCGUAGGGCCUAUGAGGCGAUACGGGCACAGCUGGACCAGGCGCAAGAGCAGCUCAGCCGACUGGAGGGCGAAGCACAGGGUCGUCAGGAGCAAACCCAAAGAGAUGUGGUUGCUGUCUCCAGGAACAUGCAGAAAGAGAAACUCAGCCUCCUAAGGCAGCUGGAGCUGCUGAGGGAGCUGAAUCUGCGCCUUCGAGAUGAGAGAGAUGCCUGUGAGACUAAGCUGCUGGGCAGUAGCCACAGGAAGGCUCUAGCUAUCGCCCACAAGCCUGGGCCCACCUACUGCUGCUGCUGCUGUGGCGGGGCUCGGCCCCCCAGACGAGGCUCUGGCCAUCUUCCUAGUGCCCGAUGACCAGCCCCAAAUGACUCACUAGGCCUUCCUUAUCUAGAGGAGCUACUCCUAGAAGGGGACUGGUCAUGGGUGGUGGUUGCCUGCUAAGUAUGGGGCUCUAGGCAGAAAGCAUCACCUGCCUGAAGGAACUAACCUCUGAGUGGUCAAGGUCUUCAGUCUCCAUCCUGUUUUCACCUCUGUUUAGCGGACCAAUAAAGGCCACUGAGUACUGUGCACACUUCUUGCCUUUCGUGUGUCUGGGAGGCCCAGUGCAUUUAUGGUUCAUGCUUGGUGUC